CGCUGCCUGGGUCCAGUGUCUUCCCUCCUCUCCUGAAGAAAGGGCUCUGGAGGUCUUUGAACCUCCAGGGAACGCCCCCAUUUUAUAGGGAUGGGUACUGUGGGGGGCAGCGAUCCCGACGAGGUGGGUGUUAGGAUGGGGAGAGCCCGGACAAAAAUGUUAUUAACUUAAGUUGGAGGGACACUUGUGUGAAAUUGGAUGGCUGGUAAGAUGGCGGUUCCCAGUUGUUUCCAAGGUCUUGUGCAUUUGUGUUGGAAAGGGUAAAGUUUUCAAGGUGUUAUUUGUUGGGAGUCCUGGACAGGGGUACCAUACGUACUUGGGGCGAGCUCUCCAGGAGGUGGGCAUUUCAAAUUUAGAGCUUUGUUUUGGCGUGAAGACGGCGACUGGUCGUUAGCCUUGCUGAAGGCUCCCUUUCUCUGUCCACUUCUUUCCCCCCCCCAUUUUUCUUCUUUUCCUUCGAAGACACUGCAACUUUGCCCUGUUCUGUGGGAUGCGCAGAGACUCGUGGCUUAGGUCCACCGCGUUGUAUAGAUUUUACUAAAUGUCAGCAUAGGUCAUGCAUAGGGGAUGCUUUGAGGAAGGAGUACUAACGCAUUGAUUGCUUAUGUUUACGUAGUCAUUUGGACUUGACAGCACUGGAGCGUGAUCUUUUCCCCAGAGCUUUACAGUUAAUAAUUGGAAAUAAACAAGGAGAGAGACUUUGAUCAUUCCCAAUUGCAAUAAAAGGAUUUAGUGGGCUUAGUGGUCACGGUUCAAUAUCUGAAAGAGAAUUGACUGUUAACCCCUUCCCUUAAAGUAGGCAAAAUUUCGGGCAUAUUUACCCAAAUGAUGUAUGAUGUUAGCUCAACCUAUUUUUAUAGGAGACCCUCCCCCUCAACCUUUGGAAACGCAUCGUAAAAUGUAGUAAAGACUUGAUCCUAAAGGAUGUAAAUUGUUGACGGCAUGUGUGUAACCAAGUUGUGAGACUAUGUAGUAACAUUGGGUCUUAAAUAGACGAGUGACAGAAUUUCUCAGAGGUUGAUUUUUUAAGUAAAUAGAUAUAGAUAUAUCCAGUUCUUUUCCAUAUAUCUCCUACGAAAAUGCAGUAUUUGAAAUUACCUACCAGGGCAAAUCAUACUCUUGUAAUAAUAACUUAAAGCUAUGUAAAAGAUUGUGUAUGCAUGUGUAGACACUCAAAUAUGGUCACAUACAAACUUUUGUAAGCCAAGUGAGCAUUUAGAUGUAUUUGAUAAGUCCAUUAAUGCUCUACCACUGAGUUCUUGGACGUACGUUAAGUAUCCUAAUAGGCAGAGUUCUCUCCAUGAGUCAAGUCACCUCCAACUUUCCCCUCCUGGCAUUUGAGCAGUGAGCCCCCAGAGGGAUUAUGGAGUUCAUUUGCAUUUCUUAGGUUGCAGUCAGUAAACUGAUUGUUACCAUAAGAGCUUGCUUCUGUUUUCCAUCAUUUUGACCUUACUGGUGUUAGGCCUCCAACUAAAAACUGACAGCUCCUACUGAGUAAGCUAUAAAGGCAUGUUUUAACUAUUGAGUAUUUUCAGCGUUGUAUGCUUGUUGUAUUUUUACUGGCUUACAGGCUCUCUGGUGCAAGAGAUUGUUUCUUAAGUUUUUACCAAGCAUUCCAGAAAAUCUUUAUUAGGUUGUCAGUACUGUCCAGUAAGAUAAAAUGAUGAAGAAUUGAGGUUUGUAUCAAUAGCAAAGUGAUACUUGAUUAGUACUAUGAAUGGUUAUAGGAAAAGGGGCCAGAUUAUUUUCAACUGAGGUAAGAGAGUUGCAUGAAUUCCAAUUUAAGGUGAAUUUGAGAGCCUUUGGUCAAGUUUGUGUGCCUGAAAUGUUCCAGGGUAAUUAGUGAUCACCUUCUAUGGAGGCUCGAGUGUUCUUUGAGUUAGUAUUUGUACUUAGGUAAUAGAAUGUGCCUUGUGUAACAUGGGGAGAGGCAGGCCCUUUGGUGAACCUAUGGUGCCUGCUUUGUAGGUUGUGCUUUCUUGCCUAGGCAGAGUAUCAAUCAGCCUUGCUGGCCAUCUUUCUAGGAAAGACCCUGUGGUCUCACCCGGGGAGUUUCCUUUGAGCAGUAGGCAGAGGUCUUUAAUCACCAGGUAUGGUUGCAUUAGGAUCUUGCUCCUCUUUAGAGGCAUGAUUCCACCCACACCUUCUCUACUACUUAAAUCGGUGCUAUUUGUUGACAGUACUCUAAACAAGUAAUAAAGAUGCUCUCUGGUUGAAGUCACUGAGCUUUGUGUUUGGGCCAUCUUUUAGGACUCACUGUUAGUUCCAGCCAUUGGGGUAUGCUUCUUGUUAUUUUCCUCAUCUGUAUUAAAAUUUCCUUAAAAUUAAAGCCCCAUUGCAUUUUCCUAAAAAUUAUACAAGUUCCUAUAUUUCCAAUACAGACAGCUUUGAGGCUGUAUUUCAGCCAGGUGUAGAAAGGUCAGCCUUGGUUAGAAGUCUGCAAUGAAUGAAAGGGUAGUAAUUGGAGCUGCAUCCCACAGCAGUACACUGGGUAAUUGACUUCCCUGAUUACUUUCUGCUGUGACGUUGCUGACAGUUCUCAGCUGUGAGUUUUCUAAAAUGUAUCUGUUGGGAUUACCAUUUAUUCAUCUUGUGAGUAUUGUAUGGAAGUUAGGUGAGAAAAUAGCAUUUGUUUUUCCCUUCCAAUCUUUACUCUGCAUUUAGCUUUGGGAAUGGGAUGGUCACAUGGCUUUUUACAUGUUGUCACUAUCCUACCCACUAAAGUAGUUUUUCUUGCCUCCAGGGUAGUUUAUUCAAACGGAGGUUUGUCCCUCCUCUUCUUGUAAAACAGACUUCAGGAUUUAGCCCUUCCAAAAACUUUGCACGGCUCAUCUGAUCUACUGGAGGACUUAUUAGAGAAGGGAACCUUAGAGGUUCAGUUCAAUAAAUGUCUCUGCAACUCGAGUCUUGUCGGGUUGGAGCUAAGUGCACAGUUGGCAAUUCUCAAAAGAUCUCUAAGUGAAAUUUCUGACGAAGUGAUUGCUAACAGGACAGACAGAAGAAAAAAAAACCGGCAAGAUAAGAAAGUAGCUCUUCUCUCCCAGUGGAUGUGGAAGAGAUCCGGAGAGUGUCUGGAAUGACCGGUACACUCUCUUUGGGGCUGGGACUGCGGUGGCGGUCACCCGAAGAUCCGCACCCUACGACCCAGCCCCGCCCCUCCCCCCGCACCCGCCACCCCGCACGCCCGAAGAGGCUUGGCUUGGCCAGCUCCUCGCAGAGUUGCAGCGGUGGCCGGAUGCCAAGUGUAAGUGUAAGUUGCUAUGGAAACCCCAACAGAGGCGAGUUCCGAAUCCGGAGCAAGACCUAGCCCGGGGCACCUCGGGAUCCGCCCCUCACAUCCCGCUGGUGUCCGCAGCGCCCAGGCCUCUGGAGAGGCCCACGAGGUGCUUCUGUUCUCGGCACCCAGUCCGGAAAUGCCAGGGAUGCAGGAGGCAGCACCGAGUGCUUUCUCUUUGUGGGGCCUGAGCCCUGCCAGGUUCUGGUUGUUUGAGCCGUCUGAAGAAUCCCGAAGUUUUUGACUGGAGGACCUGCAGGAAAUUCCACAGUAAAUUCGGAGACUUAGAUCAAGCGCCAGUGACUUGUAAAUAUCUGCGGGGACUGCAUGGUGUCUGAAGAGUCUCCUGGUGUCUGAGGAGUUGGAGGACAGAUGGAAGGAAGAGACUUGAAUCCACCCAGCUCCCAGCCCCCAUUCCAGACCUUUUCAUCUCGCUCCUGGAAUGACCUGAGAGGCCAGAAGAUCUUUUAUCAAGCAGAAAUGCAUCGAACAACCAGAAUCAAGAUCACUGAGCUAAAUCCCCACUUAAUGUGUGUACUUUGUGGAGGGUACUUCAUUGAUGCCACUACUAUAAUAGAAUGUCUACAUUCCUUCUGUAAAACAUGUAUUGUGCGUUACUUGGAGACCAGCAAAUAUUGUCCUAUCUGUGAUGUCCAAGUUCACAAAACUAGACCACUACUGAAUAUAAGGUCAGAUAAAACUCUUCAAGAUAUUGUAUACAAACUAGUUCCAGGGCUUUUCAAAAAUGAAAUGAAGAGAAGAAGGGAUUUUUAUGCAGCUCAUCCUUCAGCUGAUGCAUCCAAUGGCUCUAAUGAAGACAGAGGAGAAGUUGCAGAUGAGGAUAAGCGAAUUAUAACUGAUGAUGAGAUAAUCAGCUUGUCCAUCGAGUUCUUUGAUCAGAACCGGUCAGAUCGGAAGGUAAACAAAGAGAAGUCUAAGGAGGAGGUGAAUGAUAAAAGAUACUUACGAUGCCCAGCAGCAAUGACUGUGAUGCACUUGAGGAAGUUUCUCAGGAGUAAAAUGGACAUACCUAACACUUUCCAGAUUGAUGUCAUGUAUGAAGAGGAACCUUUAAAGGAUUACUAUACACUAAUGGACAUUGCCUAUAUUUAUACCUGGAGAAGAAAUGGCCCACUUCCUUUGAAAUACAGAGUUCGACCAGCUUGUAAAAGAAUGAAGAUGAGUCACCAGCGAGAUGGACUGACCAAUGCUGGAGAGCUGGAAAGUGACUCUGGGAGUGACAAGGCCAGCAGCCCAGCUGGAGGUGUUCCCUCCACCUCUUCCUGUUUGCCCAGCCCCAGUACUCCAGUGCAGUCUCCUCACCCACAGUUCCCUCACAUUUCCAGUACCAUGAAUGGAACCAGCAACAGCCCCAGUGGUAAUCACCAAUCUUCCUUUGCCAGUAGACCUCGAAAAUCAUCAAUAAAUGGGUCAUCAGCAACUUCAUCUGGUUGAAUCCUGAGACUGUUAAAGAAAAGAUUUUUCAGCCCCUGAUUUAGAUACCUUCAUCCAUUACAGCUUUAUAGAUGCUAAUACAUGUGACUAUUGUCCAGUUUGCUUUCUUUUGUAGUGACAUUAAAUUUGGUCAUAAGAGAUGGACUAGAUGUGAUACAUCAUCACAUGGAUGUUAAUUGAAAAGAAAGGUUUUUUCUGUAAAGAAUUGGGUUUGAGAAGGCAGGCAAGAUUUUCUGUGUUAGGAAAGAUGGGGAAUGGUUUCUGUGCCAUUGUUCGGAUUUGGAAAUGCUCUGCAGUGGGUAGAAACAUUGGGCCGUAGUUUGUUAAUCCCAACCAAUGCCUACAUUACAUUCUCUUUGAUUGUUCUUGUUAUUAUGCUGUUUUGUGAACCUGUAGAAAACAAGUGCUUUUUAUCUUGAAAUUCAACAAAUGGAAAGAAUAAGCAUAGAAUAAUGCAUUCUAU